GAAAUCGUCAAGAUGAAAACCUUCGUCCUCUUGGUUGCCCUGUUCGCUGUUGCGAGCGCCGAAUGGAUCGAUAUCGAUUGGUCCCAGGUGCGCCCGAUCGAGGAGUUCGAUCACUACUGGGCUCGCCUGCCGGCGUCGAUGCAGAUCUACCGUAAACUUCAACCGGCGCACCGUGUCACCAACGGCCAGGAAGCCACUCCCGGCCAAUUCCCGUACCAGAUUGCUCUGCUGAGCAAUUUCCCCACCGGAACCGGUCUGUGCGGAGGUUCCGUCUUGACCAACAACUACAUCCUGACCGCUGCUCACUGUGUCAUCUCGGGAGCAACCACUCUGGCCACCAGUGGUACCGCCAUUAUCGGUGCUCACAACCGCAACAUUGUGGAGCCAUCGCAGCAGCGCAUUGGCUUCACGACCGCUGGCAUCAGUGCUCACCCGCAGUACACUCCGACCAACAUUCGUAACGAUAUCGCCGUUGUUCGCCUGGACUCGCCGAUCACCUUCAACGAUCGCGUCCAGCCCGCUCGUCUGCCUGCUCGUUCGGACACUCGCCAGUUUGGAGGAUCCAUGGGUACCGUGUCCGGAUUCGGACGUACCUCAGACGCCACCCAGACUACCUCGCCCGUUGUGAUGUUCACCUCCAACCCAGUGCUGACGGAAGCUGAUUGCAUUGCCCAGUGGAACGCAGUUGUGAUCCAGCCCCAGAACGUGUGCAUGAGCGGUGAAGGUGGUCGCUCUGCCUGCAACGGUGACUCUGGUGGCCCGUUGGCUGUCCAGGACGGUGGUGCCAGCCUCCAGAUCGGUGUUGUGUCCUUCGGAUCGGCUGCCGGUUGUGCCAUCGGUAUGCCAUCGGUGUACGCCCGUGUGUCCUUCUUCCUCGGAUGGAUUGAGGCCAACUCGGACUUUGUUGCCAAUCCAUAA